AUGCGUGUUAGAUUUGAAAGCAAUUUGGAUGAUAUCAAUGAUUUAAAUUUAAAGCAAAACCCCGAAGUUGAGCCUGAAUACGCAGCUUUAUCGUCUUUUGACACGUUAUAUAAUUACGUAAGACGCGCUCGUAACAAAAUUACAAUUGGUAAUUCGUCAAAUGUAAUGAGAACUACCGCCGCCAUAAAUGUAACAUUGCCAACAAUUUCACUUCCUUCCUUUGACGGACGCUCUCUUGAAGGAUGGGAAACAUUUUACCAGGCUUUUAAAGCUAACAUUCACGAUAACCCGCAACUGUCUGAUGCGCAACGUGUGCAGUAUUUAAUGGGCAAAUUAACACAUAGUGCAUUAAAGUUAACCGCUGGUAUAAUACCCACAGCAUGUCAAUCAAAGUUAACAUGCAAUAAUUGUAAGAAAUAUCAUCAUACUUUGUUGUGUUUUGGUAAUAAACGGGCGAAUCGAAAAAGUAAAAGCGUACCCAGUCCAUCGAAUGACUACGCUGAUAUGGACAGGCAGAGGAGAUUCCUCAUGAGCGUCAUCUUAGCCCUGAGGAAGCCGAGUGUGAAAACAAAUAUAUUUCUACAAUUACCCGCGAUAAUGAUGGCCGAUAUACGGUUGAGUUACCAUUUAGUAGAAAUCCCGCUGACCUUGGCAAGUCUUAUACUGUUGCUCACCGCCGUUUUCUUUCGCUCGAACGAUUACAUUAGUAAAGGUUAUUUAACUGAAAUUAACGACACCGCUAAGGAAACCGAUAACGGUUAUUAUAUACCGCACCAUGCAGUUAUCCGCCCAAGCAAGACUACCACUAAACUACGUGUAGUUCUUGAUGCUAUCGCACGCUUGUUCGACGUGCUUGGUUUGGUUGCUCCAGUUAUACUGUUCGCUAAAUUGCUUAUUAAGGAACUCUGGAAUUCUAAAAUAGACUGGGAUGAUACACCUCCAGAUACAAUUAUUUACCGCUACUCUUCACUUGUGAAAGAGCUUCCAUUGCUUUCAACUAUAGCAAUACCGCGCCAUAUUGGAGUUUUUAAAGACUGUGAAGUAAAUAUUGUUGCAUUUUGUGAUGCAAGCUUGAACGCUUACGGUUGCGUUGUUUAUUUACACAUUACAGAUCCCACAGGAGAUAUUACUUUAAGAUUAUUGUGCUCAAAAUCAAAGGUUUCUCCGGUUAAAAUAACUACAUUAGCUCGCCUUGAGCUUUGUGCCGCUCUUGUUUUGUCAAAAUUAGUUAAACUUAUUUAUAACGCUUAUAAUUCUUUACAUCCUAUCACCGCUAUAUACGCUUUCUCAGAUUCUACAAUUGCUCUUUCUUGGAUUAAAUCUUCCCCGCAUAGAUGGUCAAUAUUUGUAGGAAACCGCAUCGCUCAAAUUCAGGAGAAUUUAUCACCUGACCGCUUUUUUCAUAUUAAUGGUAAGGAAAAUCCUAGCGAUUGUGUGUCACGAGGUCUUUUACCGUCACAAAUUAUUAAUAACUCGCUUUGGUGGCAGGGUCCUUCUUGGGCCUGCUAUCCUAUUUCACAAUGGCCUAUUGAACCUUUUGUACCUUGUAAAUCUGGAAGUGACAUACCUGAAAUGAAAAAAUCUGUAACACUUACCGCUUUAACUGUUGUCGAAGAUUCCCCAAUAUAUCAACUUGGGUUGAGAAUUUCGUCAUGGUCAAAACUUCUUCGCUGUGUUGUUUAUGUACUUCGAUUUAUAAGAAAACUACCGCGAAACAAGUUUGUAACCGCAUCCGAUUUAAAUACUGCUGAGAAAGCUAUUAUUCGAGCUCUUCAAGCUAAAUAUUUUGGUCAUGAUAUUGCCAGCAUUAGAAAAUUAGAUUUACCUUCGAAAAAUAUUCGUAAACUUAGUCCAUUUAUUGACGAAGAUGGAAUUUUACGUAUUCAGGGUAGACUUUCGAGCUCUGAUUUACCGUUUGAAACGCAACACCCCGCUUUAUUGCCAAAACACGAUCACAUAAUAAAUAUUAUUGUUGAUUAUUUUCAUAAUACAAACUUGCACACUGGUCCGGACCUUUUGAUGUCCAUUAUUCGUCAACGCUUUUGGAUAUUGUCCGCUAGAAACGUUAUAAGAAAAAGAGUGCAUAUGUGUAAAUCAUGUUUUCGAGUAUCACCUUCACACCCAACUCCCAUGAUGGCUGACCUUCCGUCAAGCCGUGUAAUGGAGGCCAAAGCUUUCUGUCACACGGGAGUAGAUUACGCGGGCCCAUUUAAGAUAACGCUUGUACGCAAACGUGGUCAUCAUUCACAAAAGGCUUACAUUUGCCUGUUCGUAUGCUUAACGACAAAGGCUAUACAUAUUGAGUUAGCCUCGGAUUUGUCAACGGACUCAUUUCUUGCCGCUUUCAAACGUUUUAUAUCUCGUCGAGGUCCAGUUUCUUUCAUGUAUUCAGAUAAUGGCACUAAUUUUGUUGGCGCAAAGGCUCAGUUAGAUGAAAUGUAUAAACUUCUAGUUUCAAAUAAUUUUAUAUCCGCAUGGAAUGAUGAAUUAACUAAAUACCGAAUCAUUUGGAAGAUGAUCCCGCCUCGGGCUCCACAUUUUGGAGGUUUAUGGGAAUCAAACAUUAAAUCCGUUAAAACUCAUUUAAAUAGAGUAAUAGGCGCACAAAUUCUCACUUACGAAGAGAUGUUAACUGUGUUGAAUCAAAUAGAAUGUCUUAUGAAUUCCAGACCUUUAUGUCUUUUAUCCGCAGAUCCCAACCCCGAAAUUCUCACACCCGCACAUUUUUUGAUGUCCACUCCUUUGCAGUAUUUACCCGCGUCUGAAUUGUCCGCAAAUCAGAUGAGUCUAACUAAUCGCAAAGCGUUGUUAGAUAGUUUGGUUAAUUCCUAUUGGAGGAAAUGGAGAUUAGAGUACCUGCAUACGUUGCAAGUCAGACAGAAGUGGUGUACAUCAGAUAACCCCGUGAAGGUUGGGACAGUAGUUCUUAUUCAUCAAGAUGACAUUCCACCGCUCCGCUGGCCACUUGGCGUUAUACAAGAGGUGUAUCCAGGUGCCGAUAACAUUAUACGCGUUGCUUUGGUAAAAACGAAAUCUGGAUUUCUUAAACGUCCAGUUGUAAAAUUAUAUCCGCUACCGCUAGAAUAA